GGGAGGGAGGGAAAAUGGUGAAGGGAGGAUAAAAGGCUUUGGAAGGCAGCUUACAGUCCUUUCUGUCAGGGAAGUUUUUUCAGUCUUCUGUCUCAGUAACRACUCUGCCUGUUGUUUUCUCCUUCRUAUUAUGCCCUCACCUAUUCCUCUCAAUUGUUUCCUUUCUUUUGAGUAUUCCCCCUCUGCGAAUUUGCGCCCCUGCAGCAGCCCUUUAGUUAUCCCUGGCAAAGACAGCAAAAGCUUUUUGGGGGGAGCUCCUUCAGCCCGGACUCGUCGCUUGCCUCCACGCCUGUCCUGGUGCUCCAUUGACUGGGAGCAGCUCUGCCUCCUGCAGCCCUUAGGAUCCGGGGGCUUUGGCUCUGUCUACAAAGCCACCUACCAUGGCACAACCGUGGCUGUGAAGCAGGUGAACAAGAGCAGCAAGAACCGGCUGGCAUCGCGGCAGAGCUUCUGGGCUGAGCUGAACGUGGCCCAGCUCCAGCACGAGAAUGUGGUGCGUGUGGUGGCUGCCAGCACGUGUGCCCCCGCCAGCGACAACAGCCUGGGCACCAUCAUCAUGGAGUACGUGGGGAACAUCACCCUGCACCACGUCAUUUAUGGCACUGGGGGUGUGUGGAGACACGGGGAGGAUGAUGAAGAAGGAGGUGGAAGGAAGGCGCUGAGCAUGGAAGAGACCGUGUGCUAUUCUUGUGACAUCAUGACGGGCUUAGCCUUUCUGCACUCACAGGACAUUGUGCACUUGGACCUGAAGCCUGCAAAUGUUUUCAUCACUGAGCAGGGAGCGUGCAAGAUCGGAGACUUUGGCUGCUCCCAAAAGCUGGAGAAGGGCUUGUCCCAGAGCCUCCACGUUUGCCAGCAAGGGGGCACGUACACACACCGYGCCCCUGAGCUCCUCAAGGGGGAGAAGGUGACUGCCAAAGCAGACAUCUACUCGUUUGCCAUCACGCUGUGGCAGAUCGUGAUGCGGGAGCAGCCCUAUCUGGGCGAGCGGCAGUACGUGCUCUAUGCUGUGGUCGCCUACAACCUGCGCCCCUCGCUGGCUGCCGAGGUGUUCCACGAGUCGCCGGUGGGACAGACGCUGCACAGCAUCAUCAGCUGCUGCUGGAAGGCCAAUGCAGAGGAGCGCCUGAGUGCAGACCAGCUGCUUCCCAGCCUCAGAGCCCUCAAGCAGAGCCUCUAGGAAAACUCAGGACUCUUUAUGUUUCUUUUGUCAACUUUUCUCUCCCUCCCCCCCUCCCUCUGAACGUAAUUAAUUUAGCCCCUGUGUGAUUUAAAGGCUUUGAUGCUGUUUUUUAUACUUUAAAAAAACUUCAACUCAAAGUGUUUUGAUAUAAGAAGAUUAAAAAUAAAGAGAUGUAAUGAAACUGYGGGGUUUUACCC